AUGCCCGCAACCUUCCAACCGAUCAUCAUCGGCCUCGAUUUUGGCACCACCUACUCGGGCAUCGCCUAUGCUCCUUUCGGCGGCCGCACUACCGUCGUCGCUGGGUACAAAUCACGCAUGGGCACGAACAUGGAGAAAGGCAAAACGCCGAGCACGCUGCAAUACCAAUCCAAUGGAGAUGAGCCUCUUUGGGGGUACGAUAUUCCCCCAGGAGAACUCCCUCUCCGCUGGUUUAAGCUGCUUUUGCUGGACGAGAAGGAUCUUCCUUCCCACGUCCGCGACUCGCCCUUUGUCCGAAGUGCGAGAGAGCAGCUAAAGGAACAGAACCUGCACGUUGUCCAAGUCAUCUCCGACUUCCUUCGCCAGCUUUGGCACCAUGCCCUCGGCCAGAUGGAGAUCACCAUUGGAAAAAGCCGGCUCGAUGGUUCGAUCUUUGAGCUCGUCGUCACCAUGCCUGCCAUCUGGCCGGUGUACGCCCGCAUGAGAAUGAAGCAAGCCAUCGACCUCGCAGGCAUUCUUGAUUUCAGAUCCGCUGGUCCCACCGCUCUAGCGUUCGUUUCCGAGCCAGAGGCGGCCGCCUUGGCCGCCAUAGACACCUUUUCCCACGGGGCCGGAUUCAAGCAGAAAAACGACCAGGUUGUUGUAUGUGAUGCCGGCGGCGGUACAGUCGACAUCAUCACCUACAAGGUUGUCAAGGAAAAUCCGGUCAAAAUCAGAGAAAGCGUUCGUGGGGAUGGAGAACUCUGCGGCGCCGUUUUCCUUGACAACGCCUUCAAAGAUCUACUACAAAGGAAGAUUUCCCGCAAAAUAUGGAAUAGGCUGGGUCCCCAGGGGAUUCGCUUCAUUAUGCAUCACUUGUGGGAGAACGGCAUCAAGCCUGAGUUCUGCGACGAGUCCGCCAACCUCGAGUUUCAUCUGCCGUUUGGGGGCUGCAAGGAGGAUCGCUUCCAAUCGCCAACAAUGACGUUCACCCCGGAGGAAAUAAAGCGAGUCUACAAGCCAGUCGUUGCCGAGGUUGUCAACUUAGUUUGUCGUCAAGUCAGUCAGGCAAAGAGGGCCUCCAAAAGGCUACCCGAGUACGUCAUUCUCGUCGGCGGCUUUGGUGCCUCUCGGUUUCUAGGGAAUGCCCUCCGAGAGGCGCUUGAAGAGCAGGCUCCCCAUACAACAAUUUUGCAGGGACAGGGCAGCAACCCCUGGACCGCCAUCGCCAGCGGCGCCGUUCUGCGAGGGCUCUCCAAGAACGACCCCAAUCCCGCCGUCCAUGUCGACGCUCGCGUGUCCCGAGCCAGCUACGGAACAGUCUGCAACAUCCUGCCAUGGGACGCCGAUGGGCAUGACGCUCAAGACAAGUUUUGGUGUCCCAUCCACCGUGAAUUUAUCGCCAUCGACCAGACAAGGUGGUUCAUCCAUAAUGGAGAUACUCUCUAUGAAGAGGAGCCGGUGCUCCAUACAUUCUGGCAAGAUGUGGAUAAAUCGACGGAUGUGAUCGAGACCGAACUCGUGUACUCGACCGCCCGCACGCCCCCCAGCCGGUGCGACAGUUCGGUAAAGCACUUGUGCAAGGUCCGAUGGAGCAAGUUACCCAAAUUCCAUCGCCUACCUGUCUGGAAAAACAAGAAGGGACAAUUCUUUCGCCAGAUCAGCUAUGAGAUACAGAUGGUCACGGAUGGCACGAGCCUUGAUUUCCAGGUCCUCUACGAGGGUGCAAUUGUCGCAUGCCAGAACGUAAACGUUGACUAUUCCCGCACCGGAACGUCUGUCGAGCACGAGCAAGGAGCUCGCUGCGUCAAGUCGGGACGAUUCGGUAUAUAG